ACAAAGCGUUUUAAUAAGGUUUCUGCGGCACGGAUCCACUGCUGCGGAUGCAAAUCACGUUUUCUCGAUGAGAUCAUUUGUGGAUACAGCUACACUGAGAGUCGGCGCGAGGGUGUGAACUCGAGGUUUCGAUUCAAGAACCGUGAUGACUGCGACAGUUGUACCUAUCGGAGGGCCUGAGCCGUUUCGCGCGCAUGCCUGUGGCGUUGACACGGUGCUUUUCAUUUAGGCUUUUCGCAUCACCGCUCUCUUCUUCCAGUUUUUUUUAACUUACAGAGGGUGUUUGGUUCGCCGAGCGUCGUGGGAGUGUGCGAGUGUUGGAGCAGGAAGAUUGGAUGCCUAUUCCCUGAAUUUCGCAUUUGUUGUGGACCCCCCCGUCGUCAGUGAUCGACCGGGACAAUCCGGGCGAUUCUUGAUGCAACCAUGAGUUUUUGACGACAAUGUUUUUGGGAGUGGACACACCGUUCGGAGUGGAGGGUACAAGCGGCGUGGUUUAUGCUUUCCGUACUUGCUUUUCAGCCACCGUCGCCCCAACUAACUAGGGAGAACGUUUUUUUCUUGGCGCGUCGUGGAAUCUCUCAGCGAAGCCGAGCAUUUGUGUGCAUCAUGCGGUUCCUCAUUGCCAGAGGCUUUCUCGGCUGCGUUGUUCUGUUUGCUGUGGCCGCUUCAGGCAGUCAUUCUGGUGCUUCGUACGACCGUGGAGGACACGGCUCUCCCAGUGCAGGGGACCCAGCCACCAAACGGUGGCAGCACGGGUGGGUGCCUCAUCCGGGACACCCGAGCAGCGUGCAGCGCCAACAUGAGCUGUACGCCUCGGGUGAUCAGAGUAACCAGAGGGGGCAUGAGGCUGAAGCGCAUGGUUUAUUUCCAAGGGUAGAUGUUGGUGCCCAAAGCCCUGUUGGUUACCAUCAAGCCAGAGGUGGUGGCUAUUCGGCAAGCGUCGCUCCCACUGGGUAUCCCCAUGUACAGAACGCCCACAGCUAUGGACAGGCACCAGGUCCGUAUUCUGGCUUUUACGGGCGUGCUAGCUCUGAUCUUACUGUCGCGGGAGUAUCACGUGGAGGAGGGUUGUCAAGCGCGUCGUACGCAGGUGGCGGUGAAAGAGGAAAUCAGUGGAUGGGGACAGCUGUUGGCAAAGCAAUGAGGACAGUUCGGCAGAAGCUUUCCAACCUUUCCCAGGGCUUGAGUCCUCGUAUGACGGACAAUGAGGAUCCGUUUGAGGUUCUGCAGACAGAGAUCGUUCGCCUAGUCAAGACCAUCAAUAGACUUAGCACGUUUUGCGAAGCGGGGCAAGGCAGUUCUCUAAUGCACAGCAACGUUUUCGGGUGGGGCAUAGCGGAAGCAAUCGACCCCAAAGAAUCCGAGAGGCAAGCAGUCAAAGUCGCGGCCGUCGCGAGGGCGGUGCUCUACGAAGCCGCUGCGCUGGUCGACCUGUUGUUUGUAAGUCCGUCCGAACAAACUCUGAAGGAGGCGUCCAGAGUUUUCCAGGAAAGGCUCCACAUGCUUCGCGAUUCUUCCAAUGACUUCCGCGGGCAUCUUCAAGCUCUGCGGGGCGCCAUGCGUGCCAAGCUGUCCGACUGCGCACCCCUUGUCGAGGCUCCACGGAGAAGAGACGCUGUCCAAGGUCUGUGGAAGAGGUGCACGGCCCGUGCGAACUCAGUUGUCAAAUACGUAGUAUACUCCUUGGAGCAUCUCGUGCCUGUUGUCUUCUCUACUCUCUCGGCUGUACUUCAGGGCUUCGAACCGGAAAGCCGAAUAGAUUUCCGCCUUACCGACAAAGUUCUCAGCAUCUCCGAAUCAAUUGAUACGAUUCAGACUCGAGCUCUUUCGAUUCGUGCAUAUAAUGAAAAGCUGUUGGCAACCGUCAAUCAAAUCGUUAGUCUCGAAACUCCAAGCGGAAUUUCGAGCCCACUGGGACUGACUGCGCUUGGAGGAACUGGUAACUUUGGUCGGGGAACAGGCUAUGUUCCAGGUUCUGCAUCUCUUGGUGGUGGUAUCGUCGCCGGCACCAUGCCAGGGUUGUUGACUGGAAGCUUACGAUAUGGCUUAGCUGGUGACAUGAGAAUGGGGACCAAUGCUGGAGGACUGGGCCCGGGCGGACCAGCAACUUUGGGUGGAAGCGCCGCAGGGGGGUUGUGGGGCCAUGGAGGAACAGGGGCACUGCCUGUAGGAGGGCUAAUGGGGUCUUCCGGUGGCGGGCUUCUACAAGGAAUCGGAGCAUCAACUGUAGGCUCGAUUGGAUCGCAGGGUAUAUCCGUUUCUUCGGUGGGAACACACUUGCCUCGCCAACCGCUUGUCGCCACGACCGGGUCACUGUCUGACGGUGGGCUCUCUGCGGUUGCAGCCCCCCGCCCAAGUGGUCCUGCCGACACGGAGAGCGUGGGUUUGGCACGUCCAUCGGCCGUGCCAGUCAGUGCCAGGCCCCCUGUGUUUCACGGGAUGCGCAUAGGCGCAGCUCAGCGACCAGAUGCAACUCUGCCCGAUCUGGUAACAGCACGUGUGUCACCUUCAGCAGAGGAGGCGGUGCCCGUAACAGCAGAGCGUGCUGUAGAAGAGACUCACGCGGUCAAUGGCAGGAAACGAGACAACAAAAACGUUUCGAGCGGCGCGGUGCCUAACGCCGCGAGUGGAGAGGGUCACCAGGACAAUGUAGGCGACGCAGAAACGAUCGACAGUAUAGACCAUAUCGGAGAUGAGGACGAUCUGAACGACGAUUUUGACUGA